AAAAGGCCAUGAGUCUGCCCGCUUGGUUCCCUGAAAUCUGAGGCCAUCCACGCUCGCUCGUUUGUGCGCUUGUGUUGAGAUAAGAGCAAGAAGGGGACCGCAACACCAUCGCAGCAACUCGUUGAGCUGCCACCGGCGACAAAGCCUCUGUCUUUGCGCCGUCUUCUUUUCCACCAUCUGCCCGAGCGCUCUUCACAGGGUGACAGGCUUCCUCAGUCCAUCCCACUAUGAAGUCGACAGCUGCCCUGGUGGGCCUUCUGGGCCUGGCAGGCUCAGCCCUGGCUGAUCCGACAUGGCCCAACGCAGUCGACGAAAUUGAGGAGAUCAUGACCCAGCUGCAGUCGUUCCGCGCCCGCAAAUUUGCCGACACGGUGAGCCCGUGCUCCAACGAGGCCUCGGGGCCCGGCCGGCAGAACGCCGCCGAGUGGCUCCGGGUCGGCUUCCACGACAUGUCCACGGCCAACACGUACUUUGGCAUUGGAGGCCUUGACGGCUCGCUGCAGUACGAGCUGGACGACGGCGAGAACACCGGGCCCGGCCACAGGACGACGCUCGAGUUCAUGGCUCCCUAUGUCUCUCCCCGGUCGACCCUGGCCGACCUCAUCGCCCUGGGCGUCUACACGUCUGUCCGCUCCUGCGGUGGCCCUGCUGUGCCGAUUCGCGUUGGCCGCAUUGAUGCCACCGGCAAGGGAGCUCCAGGUGUCCCUCAGCCGCAAAACUCCGUCGCCACGUUCAAGCAGCAGUUUGACCGCAUGGGCUUCAGCGUCGAGGAGAUGAUCCAGGUCACGGCCUGCGGCCACACCUUGGGCGGCGUCCACAACACCGAGUUCCCCGACAUUGUUCCCACCGGAACCGGCAUCGACGGUGAGGCGGGUCUCGACUCGAGCGAUGCUGUCUUUGACAACCUUGUUGUCACCGAGUAUCUCUCCGGCGAGACCAAGAACCCCCUCGUUGUCGGCCCGUCGGUCAAGAUUGACAAGAACUCCGACUUCAAAGUCUUCAAUGCCGAUGGCAACCAGACCAUGGAGGCUCUAGCCGAUGCAGACACUUUCAAGUCCGUCUGCAAGACUGUCUUGCAAAAGAUGAUUGAAGUUGUGCCCCCGAGCGUCAAGCUGACCGAUCCCAUUGUCCCCUACAAGGUCAAGCCUGUCAACCUGCAGCUGACCCUCAUCAACGGCGGCAGCACCCUCCAGCUGACGGGCUUCAUCCGCGUCAAGACUACUGGCCUUGCUCAGGGCAGCAUCUCCAGCGUGUCCAUCACCUACAAGAACCGCAAGGGCACCACCGACUGCGGCCUCAGCACCUGUGUCGUCACCAGCACCGUCCAGGGCGCCAGCCAGGGCUUCGACGAUACCUUUGCCUUCUACCCCAUCUCGGUCAACAUCCUUGCCUCCUCAGGCAUCUCGUCUUUUACCGUCACCGUCAACAAUGCCGACGGCACCAAGGACGUCUACGACAACAAUGGCAACGAGUAUCCUGUCCAGGAUGCCAUCAUCUUUCAGUCGCCCCAGAGCUGCGUCCUCGGCUCCUCGGGCGCUCUGACGGCCGUGGCUGCUGUCCGCAACGACCGCCUCAGCCAGGGCGCGCAGGUCAGGGUCUGGUACAAGACGCCUCAGACGAACAGCCCCGUUCCUCUGCUGCAGAACACCACCAUGGAUCUCAAGAAGGGCCAGUGUGCCGGAGCGUACACUCUAUUCAACGUCGACUACACCAUCCAGGGCGGCCUGGCCUACGAGGGAUACGUCGACGUCAUCAACGGUGACCAGUCCGACAGCUUCAAGGCCCUCACCGGCGUUGGCGGUACCUGCCGUGCCUUUGCCAACCCGGCUGCCUGCGUCGGCGGAGACGAUGAUGGAUCUGGUGGCACGACGUCCGUCACAACCGGCUCAGCCACGACUGAGGCUCCCCCUACUACCACGGAGCCUCCUGUCACGGAGCCUCCCACGACAUCAGAACCUCCCACUACGACGGAACCUCCCACGACAUCAGAACCUCCCACGACGACGGAACCUCCCGCGACGUCAGAGCCUCCCACGACGACGGAACCUCCCACGACGUCAGAGCCUCCCACGACAUCAGAGCCUCCCACAACAACGGCGCCUCCCCCUGUCACGGAGCCUCCAACGACGACGGCGCCUCCAACGACGACGACACCAGUUCCUACUCCCAGCCAUCGCCCUUCAGUCGACGGAUAUGUGCUGAUUUCUUGCUGGACUGAGGGUGAUGGUACGCGUGCUCUGGCUGGCAACGCCUAUGCCAACGACUCGAUGACCCUGGAAACCUGCAGAGACUUUUGCAGCGACUAUGUCUACUGGGGUACAGAGUAUGGCCGCGAAUGUUACUGCGGCAAUACGCUUGCCAAGAGCAGCGCGGAGGCUCCCAUUGACGAGUGCAACAUGGUAUGCAGUGGUGAUGCUAGUGAAUUCUGCGGUGCUGGCAACCGCCUCGAGCUGUACUCGACCACGGCCACCCAGCCUCCCGCUCCCACUGGCACCCUGACCCACGAGCCCACUGUCGGCCCAUACACACUGGUGGGCUGCUGGACGGAAGGCUCGGGGGAUCGCGCUCUGGGCCAGAAGGCUACCAUCGACCCUGACAUGACCAACGAGGCCUGUGCCGAAUUCUGCUCCGACUUCAGGUACUUUGGCACGGAGUAUGGCGACGAAUGCUACUGUGGUAGCUUCCUUGCUGGCUCGAGUGCAACCGCUCCCCUGGCCGACUGCAACAUGCCCUGCGCCGGCAACCAGUUCGAGUACUGCGGUGCCAGCAACCGCCUCGAGCUUUACAUCAACCCCAACGUGACUGGAGGAGACCCUGAGCAGCCCGCUGCUGCGGGCGAUUUUGUGUUUGUCGGCUGCCAGACCGAGGGCAACGGCACCCGUGCUCUUACGGGCGCUGCCACCGCAACCGGCACCAUGACCGUCGAGGCCUGCGCUGAAUUCUGUGACGACUUUACGUACUUUGGCACCGAGUAUGGCAGCGAAUGUUAUUGUGGCAACACAUUGGCACCGUCAUCUCUCAAGGCGCCGGCGGCGGACUGCAACAUGCUGUGCAGCGGCAACGAGCUUGAGUACUGUGGUGCGGGCAAUCGCCUCUCACUGUACACCAAAAAGCCUGUCGAGCUCAUAGAGCUCAUAGACGGAGCCUGAGUGAUGAUUACGUAGACUUUGUUGUCCUGAUGGAACGAGGGGUCAUGCUGUAUGUUUGUAGGUAUAUA